UGACAAUGGCCUCUAACUUUAAGAAGGCAAGCAUGGCAUCAUCUGCCCAGCAAAAAAGGAUGAGUCCUAAACCAGAGCUUACUGAAGAGCAGAAACAGGAAAUCUGGGAAGUUUUUGAUCUCUUUGAUGCUGAUGGAACUGGGACCAUAGAUGUUAAGGAACUUAAGGUGGCAAUGAGGGCACUGGGCUUUGAACCCAAGAAAGAAGAGAUCAAGGAAAUGAUAAGUGAUAUCGAUAAGGAAGGGACAGGAAAAAUGAACUUCAGUGACUUUUUGACUGUGAUGAUUCAGAAACUGUCUGAGAAAGAUACCAAAGAAGAAAUUCUGAAAGCUUUCAAGCUCUUCAAUGAUGAUGAAACUGGGAAGAUAUCAUUCAAAAAUCUAAAACGUGUGGCCAAGGAGUUGGAUGAGAACCUCACUGAUGAGGAGCUACAGGAAAUGAUCGAUGAGGCUGAUCGAGAUGGAGAUGGAGAAGCCAAUGGGCAGGAGUUCCUGCGCAUCAUGAAAAAGACCAGCCUUUACUAAAAUCAGUCUCUUCAUAUUGUGUGAAACCUGGGUUUUGAGAACAUAAACUAUUUUCUCCUACUGAUCUCCCUGUAUAACUUUAGUAACAAUCUUGAAUCUCUUUUAGGUAUUUGAAAGUGUUCUUUGACAUUUAAGUUCUUUGUAAGGUGACCUGCUGAUUGCUUCAAUUCCCCAGAGCAAAACAAAAGCACAUUAGGGUGGUGAAAAGGGUCUUAAAGCUUUCACGUACCUGCAUUUCUGUCUUGUAUCACCUCACUCUU